AUGGCAACCACUGCAACCGAUGCGCCUGCCGUCAAUGGCACCGACGCUCAUCCCGCCUUCGAUCCCAUCCCGGACGUGAUAGAAGCCUUCGGCCGUGGCGACUUCGCCAUCGUGCUCGAUUCGCCCUCUCGCGAAAACGAGGGCGACCUCAUCAUCGCCGCCUCCGCUCUCACCCCCGCCAAAGCGUCCUUCAUGAUCCGCUACACGUCGGGCUACAUCUGCGCGCCGGUGACGGCGGCGCGCGCCAAGAAGCUGUCGCUGCCGCAGAUGGUCGUUGACAACGCCGACCCGAACCGCACCGCCUACGCCGUCUCCGUCGACGCCUCGACCCGCCACGGCAUCUCCACCGGUAUAUCCGCCGCCGACCGCAGCGUGACCUGCCGUCUGCUCGCUGACGACAGCGCGACGGCCGAGGACUUCAGGCGGCCCGGUCAUAUUCUGCCGCUGCAAUCGCGUGACGGCGGUGUCAGGCAGAGGCGCGGCCACACCGAGGCGGCGACGGAACUGUGCCGGCUGGCGAAGCUGCCCGAGGCCGGCGUCAUUUGUGAGCUCAUCACCGACGGCGAGGAGAAGGAGGGCGUGGCCGAGCGCGUCGGCGGUGGCAUGAUGAGGAGGGACGAGUGCCUGGCUUUUGGCAAGAGAUUCGGCAUCAAGGUGUGCACCAUCGAGGAUCUAGUGCGCUACGUCGAGGAAACCGAGGGCAAGCUCGAGGGUGUCGUGGGCGUCGACUACUAA